CUGGACUUUGGGGCGGGGCAGUACUGCAGCUGGGGCCGGUUAGCCCCCUUCGCCCGGACGUUCAGUGGCUUACAUCCUCCCGGAGGCCCGGAGAGCCGAAAACGCCCGGGUUGGAACCUCUGGGCAAGCAAGACGAAGGCACUGUAGGCUUCCAAGCCCGAGGAAACAGCAGUCAGCUCAAGGGAACUUCGCUGUGGGUGAGAUGCCAGCUGCCUGGCUUGUGAUGCCAGCCCCAGCGUUAAUUGUGCCGCUGUGGGCAGUUCAUUGAGCUCACCUGUAGCACGCGAGCGUUGUAACUACCUUCUGGGGUUACUGUGAUCAUUAAAUAUGCCUUCAGUAAAGAGGGAGCUUUGUCUCUACUGUGUAUGGUGCUAGCUGUAGUUUUAAAGAUGUCGUCUUCACAUUUUAUUGGUCGCUACAGAAAGGAUUUAAGCUCUGAAAUGAUUAGAACUAAAAUUGCUCACAGAAAAUCACUAUCUCAGAAAGAAAACAGACAUAAGGAAUAUGAACGCAAUAGACACUUUGGUUUGAAAGAUGUCAACAUUCCAAUCUUGGAAGGGAGAAGUCUUGAGUUAAAUGAGACAUCUCAAGAGUUUAUUCCACAAAAGACCAAUAGCAAGUCAAGUGAUCUACGAAAACAAAUGCUCCAAAGAUACAAAGAAGAAAAGCAACUUCAAAAACUGAAAGAGCAGAGAGAGAAAGCUAAACAAGGAGUAUUUAAAGUAGGUCGUUUUAGACCUGAUAAGCCUGUUUUUCUUUUAUCAAACAAGAAUGCGGUGAAAGCUGAACCAAAAAAGGCUGUUCAAUCUUCUGUACUGAUUACAAGGUCAAAGGCCAAAGAGCAAAUGGAACAAACUAAGAUUAAUAAUGGGAGCAAUGUUCGGGCAGUCAGACCUGGUCAAAGAAAAACUUCUGAAAAGAAAGUGUUGGAAAAAGAGAAAAAAGCUAUACAACCAGUAGUGCCCACAUCGAUGAGAAUGACUCGAUCGGCUACUCAAGCAGCAAUGCAGACUGUAAAAACAGUCUCAUCCACUACAACAGGAAGGCCUAUCACAAGAGCUACUAUCAAAGCAGAAAGUAAGUCACCAAAUAAAGGAAUACCUGCCAAAAAAAUAGAAGGAGAAUCUGACAAGGUCAUUUCUUUUAAAGUUGAUAGUGAAGAAAAUACUUUGCAUUCAACUACCAAUACAACAAAUGGAACGGAUGGAGUCUUGUCAAAACUGGAAAACUUACCUAAGACAAACUCUGCAAAAAUGAAAGGGAAGAAUUCCUUCGCACCAAAAGAUUUUAUGUUUCAGCCGCUCGAUGGCCUGAAGAACUACCAAGUAACACCUAUGACUCCCAGAAGUGCUGAUGCUUUUUUGACACCCAGUUACACCUGGACCCCUUUGAAGACAGAAGUUGAUAAGACUCAAGAAGCAGCAAAAGAAAUUUUGGCACAAAAAACUAAAACUUACUCUACCAAGACAGUACAUCAAUAUUCAAGUAAAUUACAGUGUCCUUUGGACAAUAAAGAACCUGUCUUUAAUAAAAAUGAAACUACUAGAAAUUCAAAUGGCCUCCCAAUAAAGGAAGACUCAUCAUUUGAAAUAAAUGAAGAACAUAUACCUCAGCCACAACAUGAUGUGCCAUAUUUCAGAAAUGUUCUCCAAUCAGAGACUGAGAAAUUAACUUCAUACUGCCUUGAGUGGGACCAGAAACUUCAGUUGGAUAUUCCAGAUGAUGCUAAAGAUCUUAUUCGCACAGCAGUUGGUCAAACAAGACUUCUUAUGAAGGAAAGGUUCAAACAGUUUGAAGGACUGGUGGACAAUUGUGAAUAUAAAAGAGGUGAAAAAGAAACUACCUGUGCUGAUCUGGAUGGAUUUUGGGAUAUGGUUAAUUUUCAGGUAGAAGAUAUAAACCAAAAAUUCAGCAAUCUAACCAAACUUGAGGAAUCUGGAUGGCAAAACACUGAUAAUACAAGCAAAAAGGUCUUUAGGAAAAAAGUUGUCUCAAGUAUAGUAAGCAAACCCAAACAGGAUGACAGUGGAAGAAUUGCAGCAAGAAAUCGCCUUGCUGCCAUAAAAAAUGCAAUGAGAGAGAGAAUUAAGCAGGAAGAACUUGCUGCCACAGCAGACUCUGCAAUGCCAAAAGAAGUUGAUAAAAUAGUGUUUGAUGCCGGAUUUUUCAGAGUUGAAAGUCCCGUUAAAUCGUUCUCAGGACUUGCUAUCUCUUCUGAAUGUCUUUCUCAAAGACUUAAAACACCUAAAUCUGUCAGCAAAGCUGUGUUUGAGAGCAGGGCUGAGGUGGACCUGCGAAGACAAGCUGUGUUGCCAGAGUAUCCUGAUCUGCAGAAUUCCAAAAACAAAUGUGUUGAUAAGACUCUUCUAUCAACUAUUCCUGAAAACAGUGACAGCAUUGAAGAUGAUGCUCAGUGUCCUGGAUUGCAAGGUUUAAUUGAAGUAAACCCUGAUGUAAAUAUAAGUGACAUAUACUUUGAAAGGAGUCGUUUAUCCAAUGAAAGAAUGAAUUUGUCCCUAUUUGCCAGUGAAGUGGCAUCUAAUAUUAAUACUAAUACAAAGGAAGAAAUUUCAGAUGCUGUGGAAGGAAUGGAACUAAAUUCGUCAAUUAUAGCACAGGAUGUUUUGAUGAUUAGCCCUGAAAAGAAUAUAUUACCACAAGACAAUACUUCACAGGAAGAAGAAACUAAAAUUUCUCAGUCAGUACCAUUUGAUAAUAAAAUUCUCACUACUGAAUAUCAUCUUCUCGAUUCUCCUGGCCUAGACACUACAGUAAUCCAUUCACAAGUGGAGAAGAGACAUCAGGAAUAUGCCAGAAACGUUUCUUUUGGUGGUAACCUAAUUACCUUUUCACCUCUAAGACCCCUCAAUGGAGAACAACAAGAAGAACUUUAAAUUUAAAAUCAAACAUUUUUCUUUAUAUUAUCAAUGCUGUGAUUUAUUCUUAGACUAUUGAAAAGUUUAAGACUGUAUUUGUAUUCAUUUCAUUUAUAUAGGUCAUACAGUGUUUUAAUAUAGUUUAUCAAAGUGUGUUUUAAUUGUGAUACUCUUUCUGGAGGGAAGUGGGGUAUAUUUUUGUACACCAACCAUGCAGAAUAAAAAUAUGGUGCCUUGCCUCCCUUGUUUAAAGCUAAGUUUAAGAACUUACAAACAUUCUUCAGCUUAAUCAAAAUAAUAUUAAACACGGAUAGAAAUAUUUGCGUACUUUACACUGUAUUCUUAGUUUGAGCUCUUAAAUUUGAUGAUGUUGAAGAGUUUGACAUACUGUAUUUGCCAGGCUAUAUGAAAUUUCUUUAGAUGAGCUCUCUGGAUCCUGAAAUCAGUUUACACGCUGCAGUUCAAAUGCUUACAUUAUUAGAAGUGCUCAUUAAAUUCAUGUCUUUUUCUUUUCAUUUUCUCGUUGACAUGGCUGACAGCCUUUGAAGUAAAUGUCUCUCUCUGAGAGAAUUCUAUCAAUACUUAAUGUAUUUGAAAUGUUUUCGCUUAUAAAACUCUUACCUGUCAAAUUGUAGAAGAUAGGGCCAGUAGAAUAACAGAGCACCAAGAAAAUUCAGAGUAGCUGUAAUUUCUAACCAUACCUGGGUCUAGUUAUUUGUUUCAGCAGGAUUUGAGGCUGCAGAUAUUUACCAAACAAGUAGUAACUUUGUGGGUAGCCCCAGAAGAUGAGAGGUUUUCAAACAAGGAAAGGAAGUACAUCGCCUUUGGUUGUAGGCUUGCUGUGGAUAGUAUCUAUUAAAUCCAUGUGAGAGGGCCUCCCCGGUGGCGC